AUGACCGGUGAGGCGAGUGGGACGCCGCAGGACGCAAUGCAAGUACUUGCCGGCAAGAGUGGACAGUUGAUCCAGGGCAUGCAGAAGCUCUCCAGUUUGAGCAUUGAUGCUGCCGUGCCCUCCCUACCAAAGUUCAUCGUUGUUGGAGACCAGUCCGCUGGCAAAUCGAGUAUGGUGGAGGGCCUGGGCGACAUCAAGCUGCCCCGUGGUCAAGGAACCUGCACGCGCGUCCCGACCCAUAUCACGACCACGUCCGCUGUCUGGAACAAUGCUGCUUGGACUGCGAAGAUCUCGCUCCACCGCUCCUACGUCUUCGCUCCCAGCUCGCGUGGAAAGUAUGCCAAGUGGGCUGAGCUUGGUCAGCUUGAAGUUAUCGGCUUCUCCCCAAACGUGAUCAGUUUGGAGAUCGCAGCACUGGGGUUGCCAGAGUUGUCGUUCUACGACCUUCCGGGUGCCAUCAAUACCACACCGAGCGAGAAAGACAGCUACCUCGUCGUCUUUGUGGAGAGGCUCCUCACUACAUACAUGAGCGACGAAAAGGCUUUGAUCCUUCUUGCGUGUCCUGCCAAUCAGGACAUGGAAAACUCCACCGCCAACAGGUACCUGCGGAAAUGCAAAGCCGAGAAACGCACUAUCGGAGUCCUUACUAAACCGGACCUAAUGGAGGGGACUCAGUUCAAAGUGGACACGGUCAAAGCGAUGCUGAAUGGAGAGCUGUACCCUCUCGGCUACGGUUGGUUCAUCGCCAAGCAGCUGUCACACGAUGACAUUGUCGAUGGUGUCGAUCACGCACAGGCUCGUGAGAUGGAGAAACACUACUUCAACUCCUGGCCAUGGAAUGAUCAACUUGUGGAGUUUGCCGAGCGCUUCGGAAUUGUCAACCUUCAGCAAGCUCUCUCCCGGACCUUGACGCAACACAUUUUGGACGCUUUACCAGGAAUCGUCAACAGCGUUAAUAGCCGUCUUCAGGCUGUGAAGAAGACUCUGUCCGCUUUCCCAGAGCGGAGCGCCGAUCCUGGCAUCGUGGUCAACACGGAGAUCUACAAGCUGUACACCAAUGUCAAAGACGAGCUUUCCGCAGAGACUACGAGCACCUACCGGGAGGAAUAUCGACAGAUUCUCGGUGAAGUUCGCACCAAGUUCAAGGAAGUCCGUCCGUGUGUCGAUAUCACUACCCCGGGCGUCGCGCAACCCAUUGAUCGAUCCGAGUCGGUUGUCGUCUUGUCGUCAGAGGACGAGGACGAGGAAGAGUCACCCAGCAAGCGUUCCAAGACCAACAAUGGCAGCCCCCUCCCCGAGUGGUACCACGUUGCUGAGUUCAUGCUCACCAAGAUCGAGACCGCAGUCCGUCGUAUGCUCGCCUCCACUCUCCAAGCCUCACUCGGCCAUCUCUCGGCCACCCUGCUGUACAAAGCUGCCCGCCAGACACUGCUCACCCUGUUCAAACGCCUAGCAAAUGAGCAGCGUCAGGCCUUCCAGCAUCGCAUCGACAUCGAGACUAGUCGCGCUGUGACCGUCAACAAAGCCGCGCUCGGCUCUGCCAAGUCCGCCGAGCUCGCUCGCCUGCAAGCUUCUCGCCGCGAACACCGAAUGCGAGAGUACUACCACAUCAUCGAGAGUCGCGGCCUCAAAUUGCCGACGCAAGAAGUCAUGAAGAAGAACGCCCACGAUCCGGACUGGAUCUCCAAGAACCUCGGCUUCGACGAGUACGAGCGCGAGAUCAAUGCUUUGGUCCUGCCCCUCGCUUACUACGACAUUGCUUCGGCUUCGCUCUUGGACACGCUCGCAAAGCAGGUCGACUUCGAGUUGAUCGGUGGCUACAGGAAGGAGUUGCUGCCGCGCUUGCUGGAGGACUUGAAGGUCACUGACAAAGCUCACUGCGAGACUUUGCUGGCUGAGAGCGAGGCGAGUGAGAGACAGAGAGUUUCGCUGGAGAACGAGAUGGGCAAGUUGGAGAAGGCCGUGACGGAGUUGAGCAGUCUGCCUGAUGUCCAUGGUUGA